AUGCGUCCCUCGAUCGUUGCCGCCCUCGGCGCUGGCCACCUCGCCAUGGCCCAGUUCACCAACUCGACUUUGAGCGGCGCCAUCUCCGCCACGGCCGGGCCCUUCACCCUGAUGGGCUGCUUCACCUUGUCCAUCCAGAGCACGCCGGGCUUCCAGAUCGCUGGGUCGGUGAGCAGCAUGAGCGUGAACCUGUGCGCGGCCAGCUGCCCUACCCUGCUGAUGGGUGUCAGCGGAAACAACUGCAUCUGCGGCACCAUUAUGCCGGCCGCCGGGGCCCAGCAGGUCGACUCGAGCAUGUGCACCCAGGCCGGCGCCGCCUUCGCCAUCUACCAGCGCAUGGCCUCGGCCUCCGGCACCGCAAUGUCCACGUCGACCGCCACCAGCACCCAGGUCGUGACCAUCACCUCGUGCCCGCCCUCCGUCACCAACUGCGCCGUCGGCUCCGUCGUCACCACGGUGUGCGCGCAGCCCACCACCGUCAGCAACCCGGCGCCCUCGUCGCCCGCCCUGUCCGUCUUCCAGCGCAACGCCAUCACCUGCUACGGCGGCAACUGCGCCCCCCAGGCCCCCUGCGGCUGCCCCCAGAGGCAGCAGGUCGUCUGCAACGGCCAGGACUGCCGCACCGACGUCUGCACCACCGACCAGUGCAACCGGCUCGUCGUCUGCAACGGCUCCGGCGCCAACUGCGGCUACUACCAGUGCCAGGGACAGGCCUGCAGCCAGAGCAAGGUCGUCUGCUACAACGGCAACUGCGCCUGGCAGAACUGCAUCGGCAACGAGUGCCAGAAGAACCUGGUGUGCAGCGGCGACAACUGCAAGCACGUCUCGUGCUCGGGCGGCAACUGCUACCAGAACAUGAUGUGCAACGCCAACGGCCAGAACUGCCAGCCCGCGUGCAGCGGCAACUGCCAGUACACGCCGGGAUCCAACCCGAACCCGGGAUCCAACCCGAACCCGGGAUCCAACCCGAACCCGGGAUCUAAGCCGAACCCGGGAUCUAACUCGAACCCGGGAUCCAACGGCACCAUGGCUGUUCCCGGCUCUCCCUACCCCACCAAGGCUGUUGUUGCCGGAGCUGGCAGCAUCGCCGCCAACCUUGUCGGAGUUGGAGCUGCCGCUGCUCUCCUGCUUGCCCUGUAA